GGCGGCGGCGGCGGCGGCGGGGGGGCGGCGGGGCCGGGCUCGGGCGGUCGGAGCGCGGAGGGGCCGCGGCAGGCGAAUCCCCCUGGAUCCAGCUCCGUCCCUGCAGAUCCAGCGCCCGCCCAGCUCGGGGGGUCCCGGCUUUGGCGGGGAGCCCGGCCCUGUCUCCCCCCCUUCCUGCCCCAGUGGCCCCCUCGGGAGGAGGAAGAGGAGGAGGAGGAGAAGGAAUGGCGGCGCCGUGGCGGGUACUGGAGCCCGCCCAAAAAUCCAUAAAAAUUUACUGAUCCCACCUUUUCUUACCCCAAACGAGCUUUACCUGGGCGAGAAGUAAGGCCAAAGGCUCCCACAGCAUGGCUCAGGCGAGUCUCCUGGCCUGCGAGGGGCUCUCGGGCGUCUGCCUCGUCCCCACCGUUGCCAGCAAGAAGAUGAUGCCCAAAUCCGGCGGGAAGCAGGACGGGAGCCGGGAACGGGGCUCCAGCCCCGACCUCCUGUCCCUCCGCCAGGACCCCGACAAGCCCCGCGCCCGCAAGGACGAUGAUGCUCCUGAGGCCUCCAACCCCAAGAAAUCCAUGAAAAAGCGCCGCAAGCGGGUUCCCGGCGCCGAGGGACCCCCGAGCUCCUCCCGCCGAGGAUCCCAGAUGGUGGUGAUUGAGCAAAACGGCUCCUUCCAGCUCAAGAACUUCAUCUGCGACCAUUGUUUUGGCGCUUUCCGGAGCAGCUACCACCUCAAACGGCACAUCCUCAUCCACACCGGGGAGAAGCCGUUCGAGUGCGACAUGUGCGACAUGCGCUUCAUCCAGAAGUACCACCUGGAGCGGCACAAGCGUGUGCACAGCGGGGAGAAGCCCUACCAGUGCGAGCGCUGCAUGCAGAGCUUCUCCCGCACGGACCGGCUGCUCCGACACAAGCGCAUGUGCCAAGGCUGCCAGACCAAGACCCCUCCCGACUCCCAGCUCCUGCUGUGAAAAUCUGGGAAUACCGGGAAGUUCAGGGGGUGCGGGAGGGAGGUGUUUCUUCCUUCACCCCCCCCCCCCGCCCCACAUCACCAUGCUCUGCCUCACCUGGAUUUCUCACCCCUAUAAGGAUGGGGAAGAACCCGAGCGCUGCCAACAUGAAAAAACUCGGAUCGUUCCUGCC